AUGCCGACCGUUCACUUGCUCGACUACGUCGCCGGCAACGUCCGCAGCUUGGUCAAUGCCAUUGAGAAGCUGGGCUACGAGGUGGACUGGAUCAAGACGCCAGAAGAUGUGCCCAGGGCCGAGAAAUUGAUUCUCCCCGGCGUCGGUCACUUCGGUCACUGCAUGUCCCAGCUCGCGCAAGCUGGUUUCCUUCCUGCCAUCAAAGCCCACAUUGAGUCGGGCAAGCCAUUCAUGGGCAUCUGCGUUGGUCUGCAAGCCCUUUUUGAAGGAUCGUCAGAGGACCCCGAGGUACCUGGUCUGGGUGUGAUCAAAUCCUCGCUCGGCAGAUUCGAUGCCACCGACAAGGCUGUGCCUCACAUUGGCUGGAACAGUGCCAACACUGGCAGCGGCAGCCUCUACGACUUGCGCCCCGAUUCCAAGUACUACUACGUCCACACCUAUCGCGAGGCGUACAAGAAGGGCGAGCUUGAGAGCCAAGGUUGGUCCGUGGCCACCGGCACCUAUGGAGGAGAGACCUUUGUCGGUGCUGUCGCAAAGGGAAACAUCUAUGCGACGCAAUUCCACCCGGAGAAGUCGGGCGUGGCGGGCCUCCGUACUAUUCGCGCAUUCUUGACGGGCGAGGGGGCCAAGAACCUCGGAGCCGCAGCGCCUGCACCCACAAGCGAGUUCAAGGACGGCCUGACGCGCCGGGUCAUCGCGUGCCUGGACGUGCGCACCAACGACCAGGGCGACCUCGUCGUCACAAAAGGCGACCAGUACGAUGUUCGUGAAAAGGGCGACGAGCGCGACGUCCGCAACCUGGGAAAGCCAGUCGAGAUGGCCAAGAAGUACUACGAGGCUGGCGCAGAUGAAGUGACGUUUCUCAACAUCACCUCGUUUAGGGACUGUCCCCUUGCUGAUCUGCCCAUGCUCGAGAUCCUGCGCCAGACAUCCAAGACGGUGUUUGUGCCUCUAACCGUUGGCGGCGGUAUCCGCGAUACGGUCGAUACCGACGGCACCAAGGUGUCCGCCCUCGAGAUUGCGACAAUGUACUUCAAGUCUGGCGCGGACAAGGUCUCGAUCGGAUCUGACGCCGUAUUGGCUGCGGAGGAAUACUACUCCCUCGGCAAGAAGCUCUUUGGGAACACGGCCAUUGAGCAGAUCUCGCGCGCCUACGGCAACCAGGCUGUCGUAGUCAGCAUCGACCCCAAGAGGGUCUACGUGCCCAACGGCCGCGACGCAACCCGUCACGCCACCAUCGAGACCAAGUUCCCGGGACCCAAGGGCGAGAAGUACUGCUGGUACGCCUGCACGAUCAAGGGCGGCCGUGAGACGCGGGACAUGGACGUCGUCGAGCUCGUGCAAGCCGUCGAGGCCAUGGGGGCCGGCGAGAUCCUGCUGAACUGCAUCGACAAGGACGGGACCAACAGUGGGUUUGACCUCGAGCUCAUUGAGCAGGUCAAGAGUGCCAUUGAGAUCCCUGUGAUCGCAUCGAGCGGCGCUGGUGUCCCUGCGCACUUUGAGGAAGUCUUCAACAAGACCAGAACUGACGCCGCACUCGGCGCAGGCAUGUUCCACCGAGGAGAGUACACAGUGAGCCAGGUCAAGGACUAUCUCCAAGAAAAAGGCCUGGUGGUCAGACAAUACGAGGGCGACUUAUGA